AUGGAGGCAUUUUAUGUCACAUUACGCAUCGCUCUGGUAUUUUAUGUCAUCACCCCUGGAUCAUUGAGUUGUCCAACCGGCUGCUCCUGCACAGAUGAUAACUUGGGAAGGUCUUUACUAUGUAUGGAAACCUCCAUGGGUAACAUCCCAGAGGACAUCCCACAUGAUUUAAGGAAGGUCCGAAUUGAAAACUGCCACCUGACCGAGUUACCGCAAGGAUCUUUCUCUCAAGUUAAUGCCUUGGAGUUCCUCUGGCUCAACUUCAAUGAGAUCACCCUGAUGAACAUUAAAAGCCUGGAGGGGCUUGCCAACCUGACGGAGCUGAGGCUACAAGGGAACAAGCUGACUUCGGUGCCCUGGACGGCAUUUCAGGAUACGCCGAAACUCAAGAUUUUGGACCUGAAGCACAAUCGACUGGACGUCCUACCUGAACACGCUCUUAGGAACUUACCCGUCCUGACCUAUUUAGAUUUAUCCGUCAAUCAGCUUAGUGUCAUAUCAAAAGAUGUCUUCAUUAACUGGCCUCUCUACCAAGCAGCAGAGAGAGCGUGGGAGAAAGAGGGGCUGGUCUCCAACGUGGUUAUUGCGCUGCAUGACAACCCCUGGCUGUGCGACUGCCGCCUCAAAGGCUUUGUUGAAUUCAUCAGGACCAUCAGCACUCCCAUCAUUCUGAUGAACUCUUAUCUGAAGUGCUCAGGCCCCGCCUCCAAAGCGGACAAGUUUUUCCACGAGAUCCAGUUAAAAACAUGCAUGAAGCCCGUGGCCUCUGCCCCGGAGACUAACAUCACUUUACCUCUCGGAGCAAAUGCAUCGCUUACAUGCUUAGUCAAGGCCAGACCAGGCCCGACCAUUCAGUGGAUGUACAGUCUGAAGAUUAAAAGAGGAUUUUCUGUAACUGAGAAUCACAUCGACGCAGAGACCGUCGCCUCCCAGCUGGUCAUCCCCUCUCUACACCUGGCCGACCGCGGCCUUUACACCUGCAUGGCCAACAACUUCAUCGGCAACUCCUCUGUGAGCAUUAUGGUCGACAUCCCGUCCUUCAACUCCUCCGCUCCUCUCCCUCCGCCUGUCCGCAUGUUGUCGUCCGGUGACAACGCCUUCAUUGAAAUGCGCAUCGCCAAGCAGACGGUGUACGGCAUCACCCUUGAGUGGUACGUGGCAACAGACAACCCUUCUGAGACCUGGUUCACCAUCCACUUUGGCAAAUAUGAUUCACCUAAAAAGGAGACGAUCUACAUCGGCCCCGGCAUCAACAGCUACUCAGUCAGCGACCUGCUUCCCGUCACCAAGUAUGAGGUGUGCGUGACCCUGAAGAACCACCCACCGCGGGAAGGCCAGUGCAUCGUGUUCAUGACGGGAAGUGACAUCAGCGAGCUGGAGCAGAGAGAGAGGCUCAUCCACAUCAUAGUCAUCGUGUGCGCCAUGGUGCUGGCGGUGCCGGCCGGCAUGUACGCCUGUACCACAGAGGCCAGGUUCAACUGCUUGGAGCGCGGCGUGGAUCUGUGGAGGAGGCGCAGGAGGCACGGAGGGAACCUGCAGGGAGCGGAGAGGCAGGGCACCUUCGACAGCCUGCAGGCGAACAGCGAGGAAGGCCUGUGCAAGGAUUCUGAGGAAAAGCCCGGGAAAGAGAGGGGGAAGGCUGAGGCAAGGCCCAAAGGAGGAAGUGCAGCUCAUCUGUACUAG